UAAUGUUGAAUUUCCAAGUCAAAUCACCUGGCAAGAUCAUUUUGCAUGGCGAACAUGCAGUGGUCUAUCACAAACCAGCUUUGGCUGCAGUCGUGGGUGUGGGCACAACCCUCAAAUUCCAAACGGCAACAGAAGACACGAAGAACAACAAAGUCGUCACUUUCAAAUUGGAGGCCUUAAAUACGAGUUUUGAAAUUGACAUAGCCAACUUCAAUAAUUUCUUAAAACACUGUCGUUCCAAGUUUCCCGAAUGCAGUCUGGAAAAUGCGGUACAGCUGUUGGAAGAAGUUCGUUUGGAAUUGGCCAAACAACAGGAUGAUGUUGUCGACUUGGGUUCACCGAAAAAGCAGCAGACCCAAAAGGCCUUUAUUUCAAUUUAUUAUUUAUUGGCGGGAGCCAUAUUGUCAUCACCCAUCAAGGAUUUGCAACUGGAAACACCCUUUACCAUCACCAUUGACACAGAGUUGAAUAUUGGAGCCGGCUUGGGCAGCUCUGCUUCAUAUGGAGCCGCUUUGGCAUCUGCCUUCUUGGCCUAUGCCCAACAUUUUGACUUGGCCAACUAUAAAGAGGAAGAAAAUCAACAAUUAAUUUCCAUGUGGGCAUUUGAAUCGGAACGAGUUAUGCACGGCACACCGUCGGGCAUAGAUAACACCGUAUGUACCUAUGGUGGUAUGCUGCGUUUUGUCAAAGGCCAAGGUUUUCAACCCGUGAAAAUUUUACGUCCCCUUCACAUCCUACUCGUCGAUAGUAAAGUAAAACGAUCAACUGCCGAUAUUGUGGCAAAGGUCAGACAUUUAGGUGAAACAUUCCCCGAAGUGAUAAAUGCCAUUUGGAAUGCCUGUGAAGCCUUGGUAAAUACUGCCAUCCCGCUCUAUGAGAAUUUCGGUACAUGCCAGGAUGAUAGUGAAAAAUUCGAAAAACUUGAACGGCUAUUUCAAAUCAACAAUGAUCUCAUGAAAGCCAUCGGUGUAACACAUCCCAAAUUGGAACAAAUAUUUUCGAUUGCCUUCAAGCGUGGCUUCUUUAGUAAAAUAACUGGAGCCGGUGCUGGUGGUUAUGCUAUUGUCCUGUUGCCGGAGAAUUAUGCCAGCAAUGAAGUCUAUUGGAAAUUGAAAGAAGAAUUAGAAGGUGCUGGCUUUGGAGUACAUGCCACCACGGCUGGAGGUGAGGGGUUACGCAUGGAGCCAUUGUAG